CAUAAUGACUAUUCUUCAAGAAUCUGGUAGAUGGAUAUCGUUUGUAGUUUGUCUUCUGGUUGUUGUGGACUCGACCGUUUCCGGGUUUAAUUACUUUGAGCCCACGGAUGUCAAAGAACUGAGACUACUUGGGCAGGUCAGUGCAACAUCGUGUGGAUCCGGGUCACACUGCAAUUCCACUUCCGAUUGCACGAGCGGGAUCGUGGAAUCUCCACAGUACAUUGAUAUUCUGGAUAAUGUUGAAGAAAUCUGUCUAGCUGAUGAUUUCCUUUCUAAGAAUGAGCUGCAUCAAGGAAUAAAGAAAGAUAGUAAUUUUUCAACCACUUCCAGCAAUCUUGGUAACUGCACCAACGUUACAAAAAGUCUUAAUGGAAAGAUGUCCACUUACUAUGGACUUUCGUUCUGGAUCUUCGCAUCAACACCAAAAUGCAACCUUUUUAAGGUUACAAAUUCAAGCAGUGGUGAAUCACAAGUUAAAUUAACAUCAGCAUGGAGCAUUGGUAUAAAUACAUUGUAUAAUUCAAAGACUGGUUCAAAAGUAAAGAGCGGGACAUGGAAUCAUAUUUUCUUAAGGACUGAGAGCCUAACUCAAACCUCGGUUUUCAUAAAUGGAGAGUAUUUUAAACCUACCUCUUAUACUGGUCUGCCUCAGAAUCCAGAAAAUGUCAUUCUAAAUAUCGACUGUUCCGGUAUUAUUGUUGUUGACUUUCGUUUCUAUUGGAGAUACCUUACAAACAGGGAAAUCCAAUAUGAAAUAAAUGACGGAGUCAGUUUGUCUCGCUUGCCAAUUAGUUUUCCUGAGUGCAGGUGCCCCCAGACCCACCCUCAAUUUGUGAUGGAUGCUGCUGACCCCUCAGGCGUAUUUUGCAAACAGUUAACAACAGUUGACAAAGUAAGGAGAUUAUCCAAUGGGACGGUGGAUAAUAUGCGGGAUAAUGAUUACAACACAGUAUGGACAAGUUCAGAAUCCAUGCCAACAAUUUAUUUUACGUUUGAUCAGGUUUUUAUGAUUGACAGUGUGAAGAUAAAUUUUGUAUCCAAUGGUGAACCAGGAAGUGUAGAAAUAACUUUGUCAAUGAGAGGCAAGAAGAUGAAUUCUAAAGAAUUUACAAGCUAUCAGUCAAACAUUUUAACCUGGGAUAUUCGUAACUCUUUUGGUCCACUGUCAGAAAACAGCACAAGAAGUGAGGUAGAAAAAAUGGUAGCCGAUAAAAUUGAAAUAAGAAUGAACAAGAUGGACUCUUCGUCAAGUGUUAGCAUCAGUGAAACCAGUAUUAUGGGAAGGUGCUACUGUAAUGGACACUCAAAUUCUUGUCAAAUCUUUGGGAGGAACUUUAAUUGUACCUGUAACAAUGAGAGGAAUGUACAGGGGGACAGCUGUGAGCUCUGUACUGAACUAGGCAAGUUCCAGGAGGAGUUUGCUUGUGACAACUCGUGCAACUGUAGCAGCAAUGGAACUAAUGGAAAUACAUCAGUCUGCCAAGGUGUUGGAGGCCAAUGUAACUGUAAGACAAAUGUGAUGGGGAGAGUGUGUGACGUGUGUAAACCAUUACACUACAAUUUAUCUCAGAGCAAUCUAGACGGUUGUACAAGGUGUAUCUGUGGUCCCGGAACCAAGUCAUGUGACACCAAUACUGGAGCCUGCACCUGUAAAAACAAUACGGAGACCACUUCCGAUAGAUGUGAGAGGUGUCUCCCCGAGUAUUAUGGAGUGUCGGGUACAGAGUGCGUACCGUGUGGUUGUGACAACAGGGGGAUUAUUGGAGGAAACCUCUCUUGUUUAGAACCCACGGGACAGUGUGAAUGCAAACUGAACGUCCAAGGUCGUCAGUGUAAUGAAUGUAAAGACGGAUAUUAUAACUUGAAUAAAAGUUGUUUUCCUUGCAAGUGCAAUAAGGUCGGGAGGAUGAGUGAGAUCUGCGACAAAGGAAAUAAGGGACUGUGUACGUGUCGCGGAAACUUCACUGAUCAAAACAACAUUCGCUGUGAUCCAGUGAUUGUUCCAAAUCAGCUUGAUCCAGCAUUUGGUCCUGUGGAUGGAAAUACUACAGUCACUGUCCGUGGGAAAUUACUUUACAGAUCGGGUAGCAAUGUAACGUUUUCUAUUGGUACCAGCCGUAACAAUAGUCCCUUUUUAGUUAAUGACACUGUAAUUCAACUUUUAACUCCCCCCAGUACAUCAGCAGGAACUGUUAUUCUGAAAUUGAAGUGGGCUGAUGCUUAUGAUGUUGAUAGUGAACCGCCGGACUUCUACUGGAAUUUUACAUUUGAAUACCGACCAAACCCAGUGGUGAGCAGCGUGCAGUCGAUAAAUGCUUUUAUGAGUGGAGGAUGUAAAAUAUCAGUCACAGGAACAAACCUCAACAGUGUGGCCAAACCGAUGCUGGUUGUGUAUGGAAAUGGAAUUAAUAACAGUUUGGAGGAUUGCACUCCUGAGGGCCCCGGUCUUAUUCUCUGCAAUUCCCCAAAGGGGUACAAUGUAGGGGCUACCUUGAGAUAUGGAUUACAGUUGGACGGCAUUAGGAUGUACGAGGACUUGAACAGAUUUCAAAAUAACACAAUAAAAAUCGUGAUUGACCCAGUGCCCACAAGAGAGGAUGAGAUAGUACAGGACUACAAGCCAGUGUUUGAAACAGAACUAACCAUUGAGGGCGAGCAAUUUACUUCAGGUUGUUCCGAUUCAGACUUCAAAGUGAUGUUGCGUGGAAGCUCAGCUAAUUAUAGCUGUCUAAUUAAAAGUCUCGAGCAGGAACUGAUUAAGUGUGAGCCUGACUUGGGUUUCCCAGGAGUUGAUGAAGAAGUGAUGAUGAUGUUGUAUAUUGGUGGAAAGCCCUUUGACAUACAGAAGGUAAAACUGCACACCUUUUGGAACACCUGGCAGUUUAUCCUGAUUGCUGUCGGGGGGUCAGUGUUCAUUCUGCUGGUCACACUAAUACCCCUCUUCGUCUGCUGCUGCUGCCGCUCCAAAAAAAUGAAUGUGAACAACGACACCACAGACACUGGUAAAGAUUUUACAUCUCUGAAUAAUUUGGACCCACAGCUACUGGUAAAUCGUCAACAAAACAGCUAUGUGGAUGUUCGGAUAGAUAAAGACUGCUGGACAGAAUUUAUACACAAAGUGAGCGAAUCGGUCAGGAAAAUGUUAAAAUCCAGCCAAGUGGAUAAAUCAGACAUUGUUGUGGGGUCCCGAUGCAUAAAGAAAGGAGCUGAUGUUCGUAUUGUUGAUGGCCAUUUUGCCCCAGGAACGGGUAAACCUUAUGCUGGCAAAUCCACAAUGAUCAAAACUAUGGUUGGCAACUUCGGCAAUUUCGAAAACAACUCGGUACCGGAAUGGGUGAACACAGGGCUACAAGAAUGUUUGAGGUUCCGAGACAUCUUUGACGACAACGUUCUACAGAUGCAGGGAGUGUCGGUGGACAAGGAACGGUUCUACAUUCUGUACCGCGGCUAUAAGCGAAGUCUGAAGGAUUAUCUUAAUGACCAGAGCAACACUCCUACCAAAGCCAUCUUGUUGAAUAUGUGUGUUCAGUUAAUGGAAGGUCUCCAGUUUAUACACAACAAUGGCAUCACGCAUAAAGACUUGGCAGCCAGGAACUGUGUUGUUGAUGAAGAUGGAAAUUUUUUCAAAGUGUCUGAUGGAGCAUUUUCCUGGAGUCUUUACCCAGAGGAAUACAUGUAUGACUCCCGCCGGGAAAAGUUCCUGCCCGUCCGAUGGAUGGCCCCAGAGAGUUUGACAGCUGGGUUUUAUGAUGCAGCCUCGGAUGUGUGGGCUUACGGAGUAUUAAUUUGGGAGAUCAUGUCGUUGGCAUUAUAUUUGCCAUACCAUGACCAGGAAGAGGACGAAAAAAUCAAGAGCUACGUCGUAGAUUCUGGAUUCCGACUCGGGAAACCUGAGCUUGCGUCUGACUCUUUAUAUCAAGAAAUCAUGCUUCCAUGUUGGGAGCAUCAAAGCGCACAACGACUAAAAUUAUCAGAGAUCGGCGACAAAUUCGAGCUUCUGCAGAACCCAGGGGCACUUGACCAUCAGACGUCUUACGUUAAUAGUGCUGAACUCCUGGAGGAGGAUAUGGCAGUGUAUUAUAACUAUGGUAUUGAAUAAGGAGAGGACAUUUUGAGUGGCUGUUAGCAUAUUUGACAUGUAGAAGCUUGCCUAUUCCUCUGUGCCCAAGGCAAUUUUUGUGAUACUUGGAAACAUUCCUCAUUUAUUAAUACAUGUAUCUAUGCAUUAACAUAAUUAUUUGAUGUGAAAACUGUUGAUCUGCCAUAUUUUUCAUUUUCAUAUUUUUCAUUUUUUUUUAUAAUCUAUACAAUCAUGAACAAAUGUUACAUAUUUACUUACCAUAGUGUAUGUGCAGGCCGGUUCUUUUGUUUUGUUCACCUGGGUCACUCAGGUGACUUAUUGAUUGCUCUCUGUUAUUUUGUCUGACAUUGGUGCAACAUAUGCUGUGUUAGGUUCAAUUUCAGUUUUUCUCAUAAACUACAUAACUUCAAUUUAUCCAAACAUGGUGUGUAGCCUUAAUACCAGUCCAACACAUUUUUGCAUCCAUGAUCCCUGGAUCAGUGGCUCCAGUAUUGGGGCAGGGCUUUAUUGGUCAAAUUAUAAUGAAAAUCCAUGAAGUCAUAUAAAAUUUCCUUCUCUACAUUGGGACAUCAUACAUGUAUGUUACAGUACAUGCAAAAGGAACACUAUAAUGUCUGUUCAAAUGAAGACAAAUACUAAUCUUUAUCAAAAUUAGGGAAUUCAUGACAUAAUCCUUGAGUAAACAGUUCUUUGAUAUAGUCUUUUAUAUGACUAUAAAAGGGAAGGGCUCCAUGAUUUAUAUCAAAAUUGCAUUACCGCUAACUCUUUCGAUUUCUUCUAUUCCAGGUCAAUUGGACUAGAAAAUAUGUAAAAAUAAUUAAUUAAUUAUCUUUGUAAUCAAAUACAUGUAAUUCAUUGUCUUUUGGUCAAAUUUUAGAUGGGACGUACUAUUUUGAUUGUACAGUGAAAAUGAAUUGAUUCUCACUUAUAUUUUGAAUACAUUUUCCCUUACCAUACAUUUUGUCAAUAUAACAACACAUCAAUUUAUUUAAAUUAAUACAUUUUAAGCACCAUUUUAUUCUCAGGUGACCAUAAAGGCCCAUGGGCCUAGUUAUCAGUUAAUCUUAUCAAUCAUUAAACUGAUUUUUCAUUGUAUACAAUGUUAUAAAUAGUUAUAGUUACAUGUAUAUGUUUACCCAAUCAUUUAGAAUUCAUUGUUUUACUAUUAAUUAUAAAUACUUCAUUGUAAAAAUACCAGAAAGUUUAAAAUUAAGGGGUUUUUUUUCCAUCAUGUAUAUAUAUACAUUUGAUAUACCGUAUGAGCAUAUUUAUAUAUAUAAUUACGGUAUUAUAUAAUAUUAAUCUGCUAUAUUUAUUUCAUCAAAUAUUGACGUUGAAGUAAAUGUUAAUGUUGUACAUAUUUACAUAUGUUUUAAAUGUUAUAUUUUAUAAUUAAUCAGAUAUCAGCUUUUGAUUAGGAAUCAUUUUUUUCUCAUAUUAUGACUACAUUUUUUAAAUUGACUAUGCAUCAUGAUUUAUUUACUAUAUAUGCUUCACAUUCCGACCGAGUGAUUAUCAUGUACAUUGAAAUAUGAUAUAAUUAUCUAUCAUUUAAGGAAUUUAUUAUAAUUAUCAGCUUUUUAAUGGCUACUUAGAUACCUUUUGUGGUAUAUAAAUGGUUCAAUCUGCAAUUAAUUAUGAUCUUAAUUAAAGAAAAAAACUAUAUCAGAUUAAAUUCCCUAUCAAUUCAUAUACGAUAUAUGUCAACUUAAAUUAUAACAGAUGAGCUGAAUAGUUUACAAUGAUAUCAUCAUGCAAUAGUAUAGAAAAAUUUGUUUUGUUUAUUUGGUGAUCUUUUUUAGCUUUACAAUCACUAUUUUUUCCUCUUUAAUAUUUAUUUUGGAAGUUUGUAUCUUAAUUUACAUGUGAUUGACAAAAUUAUCAAAAUAUUUCGAUGGCACGUUGCUCUGUGAUAUUCAAUCCGUAGUGCUUUAGUAACACAGUAUUAUAAGUACCUGGACACAUUCACGAAAACGUCGUAAAUUAGGUUUUACCUAACCAGUUACGUUCUACUUACGUCUUACGGAUGCACUUAAACUAAGUACUGCCUACAUCACACCUAUGUACUAUGUACAAUUUACAGCGUUUUUGUCAAACAGGUCUUGACCUGUAUACUUUCUGUAUAAUUAUAUAUACUACUAGAGGUAUACAAUCACACUAUCCAUUGCAUGGUUUUACACGUUACAAUUAAUGCCUUGAAAAAUUCAAUCUUGUCUUUACAGUAUUAAUUUCUUUUUUAAAAUGAGUGGAUAUGUUAACAUUGCUAGUGCUGAAAGUAUGUCAUAAUUAAACGAUGUCAGCUAUCCUCAGCAGAAUGUUCAAUAACUCCAAAAUACCUGGGGCAGGAAUUCUGUUAUUAUUUAUGUACAAUUAAUAG